CGUGAUGUACAACUAUUUAUGGGAAGCUCCAAGACGACCCAUAUUCUCCUUUCCACAAAGAACCGGUUCAUCCUCGUCCCUGGACCUUUAUUCAUCCAUCCAUUCCAUUUCCCCCCCCCUAUUCCCGGCCCAACAUGGUAGAACAUGCACCUCCAAACCGCGUCUGGAGCAGCGAUGCCAUCGUCACGCAACUGUCUCGGCUCAACCUCAGCUAUGUUGCCCUGGUACCUGGCUACAGCUUUCGUGGCCUGCAUGACAGCUUGGUCAACUACAACGGAGAUCAAAACCCGGAGAUCAUCUUGUGUCUCCACGAGGAACACUGCGUCGCCAUCGCUCACGGAUUUGCCAAGGUCGCCGAGCGCCCAAUGGCUGCAGCGGUCCACGACAGCGUAGGCUUGAUGCACGCUACCAUGGCCAUCUACAAUGCUUUCUGCGACCGGGUCCCCGUCGUGGUCUUGGGCGGUGUCGGGCCCCUGGACGCUGCGAAGAGACGGCCGUGGAUCGAUUGGAUUCACACUGCAGCUGACGAGGCGGCACUUAUCCGGCACUUUAUCAAGUUCGACGAUCAGCCAGCCUCGGUGCAGGCCGCCAUCUACAGCGUUAUCACGGCUGCUGCAGCGGCAUCGCAGAUGCCUCGAGGACCGACCUUUGUCUGCCUCGACGUGACUCUGCAAGAAACCCUGGUGGAGGACCCGGCGGCGCUGCACUUUCCAACCACCCAACGCUAUCUUCAUGAAGCAACCCCUCCCGGUCCUUCUGCAGAGGACGUGGAGAGGAUCCGAGUUACCCUGCACACUUCGCAGCGACCCCUCUUCCUGAUGGGCCGUGUGAACCGCUCACAGAAGAGUUGGCACGAGCGAGUCCAGCUGGCAGAGAGAUACCAUGCCCGUGUCCUCACAGACCUCAGGGUGGGAGCUGCGUUCCCAACCCAGCACGUUCUCCAUGCUAGUCCUCCCGAAUUGUUCCUUAGUCCGCAGGAGAGCGAGGUGAUUCGAAGUGCCGACACUAUCGUCUCAUUUGACUGGGUCGACUUGGCCGGAACACUGCAGACCGCAUAUGGCGCUGGUACAGAGCCACGGGCUUACAUCGUGGACGUCAGCCUCGAUUCCACCCUCCGUGGUGGCUGGUCCAAGGAUCACUUUGGCCAACCGCCCAUCGACCUUGCCGUUCGAGCAGAUGUAGACGCGACUGUAUCUGCGCUACUAGCUGCAAGUCUACCAACCGAACUACAACCGGAUGGUGGUAGACACCUGGAACGUCAGCAAGGAUUGUCAGAUAUUACCAAGCAGAUGGACGGAGAAGUGAACCAGCAGCCGCGCCACCAGCAGCCGGGGGACACCAAGAUCUACAUGAAAGAUUUGGCUGAGGCGUUGUACGGCGCCAUUAACCCGGACAAAACGUGCCUGAUCCGACUACCUCUUGGAUGGAGAGGCCGCGAUCUCCGUGCCACACACUCACUCGCCUACCUGGGCCAGGACGGCGGCGAAGGAACCGGCUCAGGGCCCGGCAUGGCGGUCGGUGCAGCCCUCGCCCUCAAGGAUACCGAGUUCUUGCCCGUAGCCAUCCUGGGCGACGGCGACUUCCUGAUGGGCUCGUCGGCCCUCUGGACGGCGGCCCGCUACCGAGUACCGCUUCUGGUGAUCAUCGCCAACAACGCCUCGUUCUACAACGACGAGGAACACCAGGAAGAUAUUGCUCGGGAGCGAGGUCGGCCUACACGGAACAAGGGGGUCGGCACUCGGAUCGAUGACCCCUUGCCGGAUAUCUCGCAGAACGCUGCUUCUCUCGGGGCUAAGGUGCUGGGGCCACAGGUCACGCAGCGCGCAAAAUUGUUAGUUACGUUAAGGGAGGCCACGAGGCUGGUCCAGGGCGAAAAGGUGUUGGUCGUGGUCGAUGUGCAAGUUUGUCCAGAUGAAGAGUCUGAGAAGGACGAAUGAAAAUGCUCGAUCCGCUGGGCUGGAUUUCUAUGCGCUGAAUUACACAAUGUCACAAGGUUUAUAUGUGCGCGUCCAGCUGGUAGUUUAGUUGCGGUUUUGGGUCAUCACGGUCAUGUUCGCAAUCUAAUUCGCCAGUCCGAGUACGUUGUUUAGGUGCGAAUCGCAAAUCGGGAAGGUCGUACAAAAUGGAUGCAGUAAGACUGUUCCCGUCUAUCUAAUGCCUGG